CUAGCGGUGGAAACGCAUGACGGAGUUUUGUGACAUAACAGCAACAGGAGAGGAGAGGGAGAAGGAGAGACAUCGGCAUCGCAGAGAAGAGAAGAGAAGAAAAGAAGAGAAAGGAAAUCGGAAGAAGAAGAGAAAUGGGAAAGGGAGAAGAGCUAGAUGCGAAAUGGGAGGCGUGCCUUGAUCUCUCCCUUCGGCGCGUCGUGUAUUCGUCCCUCGCCGGUGCAUUUGGCGGUCUCCUCUUCUUCAGGAGUCCUACAACUCGCUGGGCCUCAGUUGCGUUUGGUGCUGGAGUUGGAAUUGGGUCUGCUUACACAGAAUGUUCUUCGCUGUUUGCUGGAUCCGCAACCAAGAUAGCACCACCCCAGGUCCAUGACACUCCCAUUCAGAAUGUGCCGGACACGGAGUAGAUGCUUGCUUAAGGGAUCCCGCUUCUUGGAUGUCAAGACAGAAUGUUAUUAUUAUUAUUGGUGGUUUUUUUUCCAUACUGGUAACAUGUAGAAACCCUGUGAUUCUGUAAUGUAUGCAGAGUUCAUUCACAAGCUGUUAACGUUGGAUCACAAAAUAGAAAUAACCAUUGCCUUCUGCAGAUUUCAAGUUGUGUCUGCACAAUUUUCAAUC